CUCCUUCGUGCUGUGCGGUCCCGUGCAGGUCAAUUCUGCAUUUGUAACCGAUUAGGAUGGUGUGGUUUUUGCUUGGAUUUUGGGUAGAUGGAGGAAAAAUUUCCGAAAGAUGCCUUUGCUCAAGGGAAAGUUUGGCAACUGAAGCUUUGCCCUGUGUUCAGCUCUUGAUGUAGGGCUAACUGCAAUAACUGUAGUGAUGGAAGGCCAAGCAAACGCUGCAAAGGCUAGUCUUGGUCCAAGAGUGAAGGCUAACCUGGUUCUUGGAGCAGAAUCAUUUGCUAUCAGCUCCGAGUCAGGUAUCCUGUCCGAGCAGCUGGCCAUGAUGAAGGAGAAGAGCAUGGUGAUUCUCAAGGAAUACAUCACCAAGCACAAUGCUCCAAACGAUGUCCCUGAUGAGUCCAUUGAGGGUGAAUCUGAUGAAGAGGGUGAAGCACUACUCAAGAACCCCCCGAAGAAAUCUAAGAAGCAGAAGUGACCAUCCUGAGUUCAUCUUAUUCAUUGCUAGGCACGGCUACUGUAUCUUUAGCUACGCUUUUGACAGAGAAAGACCAGAUCAUUGUUUGGCACAUCUUGCUUUUGUAAUACUAGAUAGUUGUCAGCUACAACCUGCAAGUGUAAAAACUUGGUGCUCAUGUCAUGAAAUUCAGCAGCAGUUCUACCUCUCUCUGUUAUAA